GCCUCCUGCCAUAGCCAUGCUUAUUAAUAGUUGAUAUUUUUUUAAAGCACAGUGAUUAGUUAGUACCUGUUCUUUAUCCACACAGUUCGGAUUGCAGUAAAGUGUGAGCCGUAUGACAGGUGUUUCUAUUACGAAGUGUCAAUACCUUUAACAGCAGAAUUAAAAAAUUGAUUAGGAAUGUUUUGAGGAUUCAUGGUGUGAAUAUGUAUUUUGUGAUUUCCAACAGUUUUUUAAAUAAAUUCGGAACGGAGCAGAAAGAAUCCUUAGGGACGAAACCGUCAAGGCCCCAUGGGGCAAUGUAUGUCUCGUAAGGCUGCAGGGGCCUUCGCAGCUUCGGCAGCAGUAUCUCAUAACCGACCAGACAAAAUGCAAAAACGAAGGCAG